ACACGAGAUGCGCCGAGGGAGGGGCUAGAAAUUAUAUAUAAACGGUGUGUGAGCUGUUCUUUAUUUUUUGACAUUGUUCAGACAUCAUCUUGGCUCCCAAUUGAAAUCGAACUCACAAUGGCCGACCAACUCGUCUACCACUACCUCACCCUCGGCCGCCUCGGCCGCGGAGAAGUCGUCAACCUCUUUUUAAAAGACGCAGGCUUCGAAUUCGACGACGUCCGCUAUGCCUACGAUGAUACCUGGCCCGAAACCAGCAAGAAGCUGAAGCAGGAGGGCCUCACAAGAACGGGGCUGCUUCCUGUUAUUGAGCACAAGGGCGAGAAGCUUACGCAGCACCUCCCCAUCCUCCGCUACUUCGCCCGCGAGAUCGGCGGGUAUGACGGCGAGACGAACUGGGAAAAGUACAUUGUCGAUGCUGUCGCCGAUAUCUAUAUCGAUUGGAGGGCUCAAUGGGUCGCCAACCUGAAAGGCGGAAACGCCGAGUACAAGAACAAGGUCGUCCCCGACUACUACAACCUCGUCGGCCAGUACUAUUCUGAGCGCGAGGGCCCGUAUCUGCUCGGUGACAAGGUGACCUAUGUUGAUUUCGCGGUCUUCCAGUCUAUUGAUAAUGAUCGGAGGACUGGGACUUUGCCUGAGUCGCUUCCUGAGUCGCUUGUCAAGUUUGAAAAGGCGUUCGAGGCCCGCCCGAAGAUCGCUGAGUAUAUCAAGGAGCAUAAAUAGGAUGUUCCCAGCAUGUGCGGCGGAGGUGGAAAAUUGAACAACAGUCUCCGCUCCCCCUUAGUAGUCUUGUCAGAUGUUGAGUAACAUUGAAUGAACAUGUUCUGCUAUUGUUAUAAC